CGGAACGGCGGGACGGCGGCGCAGUACUCGCGCGCGGGACGCCACUUCGGGACUUGGACUUCCCCGUCGACGGGCUGCUCCACUCGGACCUCCCUCUCGCACUCAUGGGACGCACCGCGGAGGUGUGAGAGAGACAGACGUGCGGGAGUGACGGUGCGAAUGGCGCCGACAGUGCGUGCAGUGCCUUCCCUGCCCGCCGCCCAGCCCGUGGGGCCCUUGGCGCCGUCACAGCCACUGGCGGGGCCGUCGGCCGAGCCGCUGCCUUUGCCGGCUGCAGCGCGCGGUUAGGAGGGAUUCUCAGUGUUUCAGAUGAUGGCUAUUAAAAACUUGGUGUGUGCAGCACCCUGCCAGGGUCUCCUGCGUGCCAUACAUGGUGCCAUGGCGUGCAACCCGUGCCCAAGCUGCAGGCUGGGUGUCUCCAGCAAGACAGGCAGGCUCAGGUGGUGCGUGGCCGAGAAGGGAGGACAGCGGCGGCUGCGCUGGGUGCUGACGGCGUGCGUGCUGGUGCUGGUGGUGGCCACCGUCACCGCGGCCAUCGUGCUCCGCCUGGCCGGCAUCUGCAUCGGCGAGGACAAGGACGAUGCCGCGCCGGCCGCCAGUCGAGCGGGCAGCGCGCCCAGCAGCCCGUUCAGAGCCGAGGGCCCCUUCGACACCGAGGCGGAGGGCGAGGGCGCGCAGGACCGCUCCAUCCUCAAGGACUCCAACGUGUGGUACUUGCCGCGGGGCUCCGCCACCGAGUACUGGGGCGCACUGCCGGGAGCGUCCACCAGAAGGAGGCGGCGGCUGGACCCGGACGCGAUGCCGGACCCGGAGCCACAGCCCACCACCAUCAUGUGGCGGGUGCUGACGAAUGCUUCGACCGUGGAGGCCGCCUCGGAGAGCCCGACGCAGGCCGUGCAGUGGCACACCGUCCAGCCCAGCGAAAGCACACUGCAGGCCGACCAGCACGGCCAGCACGGCCAGCAUGGACAGCGUGCCGAGAAGUCGCUGCGGCCCCCCGGCUGGGAACCCUUCGCUGCGGGCCAGGUGGUGACGGAGCUGGACGCCAACGACCUGUCUUCCGACUCUAAGACCAGCAACGGGACGUCCCGGACCGUGUCGGGGGCGGUACGCCAGGUGUGGCAGGCCCUGGACCAGGGCGCGGCGCAGGACCGCAACGCCUCCGGGGCGGCGGGCUCGCCGGCAGGCCACGCCGACCUGUUCUGGGACAUCUGGAUGGCGCAGGACGACCCGGACAGAGUUCGGGAAGCCAGAGCGCGCAUGAUGAAGCAGUACAUGGACCUGAGCGUGGAUCCGUGCAAGGACUUCUACGCGUACGCGUGCGGCGGUUGGGCCGCCGCGCACCCCGUGCCGCCCGACAAGUCCGUGUUCGACAUGUUCGAGACGCUGCGGGAGAUGCUGGACGCGGCCCUGCGCGCCGAGCUGGACGAGCCGGACACGGCGUCCGCCCUCUCCGCCCCGGACGCCACCACCAAGGCCAAGUGGCUGUACCAGUCGUGCAUGAACCAGGAGCUGCUCGAGGCGCGCGGAGUGACGCCGCUGCUGCAGCUGCUCAAGGCGCUGGGCGGCUGGCCGGUGCUGGACCCCGGCUGGGAGGAGGCCGACGGCCAGCACUUCGACUGGCUCAAUCUGGUGGCCGAGCUGCGCCUCUACAACAACGACAUCCUCAUCGCCGAGUGGGUGGGCCCCGACGUCAAGGACUCGGACCUGUACGUCAUCCAGCUGGACCAGACGGGGCUAGGGCUGCCCACCAGGGACUACUUCCUGGUGGCCAGCAACGCGGCGUACCUGCGCGCGUACCGCGAGUUCAUGGUGGAGGUGAUGGUGCUGCUGGGCGCGGACGCGGCGCGCGCGGCCAAGCACGCCGACGAGCUGGUGGCGUUCGAGACGAGCCUGGCCGAGAUCGUGGCCUCGUCCGAGGAGCGGCGCAACGUGUCGCAGCUGUACCGGCGCCUGAGCGUGCGCGAGCUGUGCGCCAGCGUGCCGGGCAUCGACUGGCACCGCUACCUGGCCGCCGUGCUGGGCAGGCCCGUCCGCGGCGACGACCCCGUCGUCAUCUUCGCGCUGCGCUACAUGAACGACCUGGCCGCGCUGGUGGACAAAGUGCCCAAGCGCGUGGUGGCCGACUACCUGCUGUGGCGCUUCGUCCGGCACCGCGUCAACAGCCUCGGCGACCGCUUCGGCGCCGCCAAGCAGCGCCUGCUGCACGCCCUGAUGGGCCGCGAGGCCGUGCCCAAGCGCUGGAAGACCUGCGUGGCGCACGUCAACUCCCACAUGGGCAUGGCGCUGGGCGCGCUCUUCGUGCGCAAGUACUUCGACCACAACUCCAAGCAGGACACGUUGGAGAUGACGCGCGAGAUCACGCAGUCGUUCCGCGAGACGCUCAACGAGACGCCGUGGCUGGACGAGGAGACGCGGCGCCUGGCGCUGCACAAGGUGGACUCCAUGCAGCUGCGCAUCGGCUACCCGGACUUCAUCCUGGACCGGGACGCCCUCAACGAGCGCUACGAGGACGUGGACAUCCACCCUGACCGGUACUUCGAGAACACGCUCAACAUCCUGCGCAAGCUGGCCGUGGUGGAGCAGGAGCGACUGGGCACGGCCGUGAACAAGACGCUGUGGAACACGGCGCCCGCCGUCGUCAACGCCUACUACAGCAGGAACAAGAACCAGAUCAUGUUCCCCGCCGGCAUCCUGCAGCCGCCGUUCUACCACCGGCACCUGCCACGCUCCCUCAACUACGGCGGCAUCGGGGUGGUCAUCGGGCACGAGGUGACGCACGGCUUCGACGACAAGGGCCGCCUCUUCAACGAGCACGGCCGCCUGAUGCGCUGGUGGAGCGAGGCCUCCAUCUACAACUUCCACCAGCGCGCGCGGUGCCUCAUCAACCAGUACAGCAAGUACAGCGUGUCGGAGCUCGACCUGCUCAUCAACGGGGAGAACACGCAGGGCGAGAACAUCGCCGACAACGGCGGCAUCAAGCAGGCUUUUCGGGCGUACGAGCGCUGGCUGUCCGAGCACGGCGACGCCGGGGAGACGCUGCCGGGGGUGAACGCCUCGAGCCGCCAGCUGUUCUUCAUCAACUUCGCGCAGGUGUGGUGCAGCUCCAUGCGCCCCGAGGCCAUGCGCAUCAAGCUCAAGAUCGCCGUCCACUCGCCCGCCCGCUUCCGGGUCAUCGGCACGCUGUCCAACUCCAAGGAGUUCGCCGACGUGUUCCAGUGCCCCGUGGGCUCCCCCAUGAACCCGUCCGACAAGUGCUCUGUGUGGUGAACGGCCCCGGCGCUGCGGUGUGCGCCACCCGAGUCUCGGUGGUGCGCCGGGUGUCUUUGUAAACAGCCCGACGUUCGGGUGAACGCCCCGACGUCUUGGUGAACAACACUGUAAAUCAUAGUGAAUAACUCAGCGUCUUGGUGAAAACCCCCGUCUUGGUGAACAACCCCGUCUUGGUGAAAAACCCAACCCCGUCUUCGUGAACAACCCCGUCUGUCUUGGUGAAGAGCCCCGUCUUGGUGAAGUGCCCGUCUUGGUGAAGAGCCCCUUGGUGAAGAACCUCGUCUUGGUGAACAGCCUUCCCGCCACGGGGCGCUUUGCAAGGCGCACAAGAGACGCUCUGAACAAAUUGUACAUAAAUCAGUGGUGUGUAUAUUGCCCUUUCGGCGCUGGUGCCUUCCUUGUACAUAGUGUAAACUACUUAAUGUAAAAUUUUCUAACGAGGCUGUAUGAUAUAAGGUAUUGUUAGUGUACUGCGUUGCCAAAGAUUAUCGAUACUUGUCCCAUCACGACAUCGACAACUCGAACAAUAAAAGGGACGACCUGCAUUCGUGUGCACUU